AUGACAACAACAGAUAUUAUCCUUACCGUGGCGUUCUCUGUGAUUGUUUUGAUCAAUCUCAUUGGUAAUGGUUUGGUGUGCUUAGUGGUUUUGCGAUUUCACGGCAUGAAAGCACCACUAAAUUACCUGCUGGUAAACCUCGCUGUGUCGGACAUGAUGGUGGCUCUUGCUAUUACUCCACAGUACGUGGUCAAAUGGGCAUUUCACCACCCAAACGGCACUGCAGGAGACUACAUGUGCAAAUUCAUUACUGGAGGAAGCUUUAUUUGGAUUGGAGGAGCGGCGUCCGCCUUUUCUUUAGCAGCGGUCGCAGUUGAGCGCUACCUUACAGUUGUUCGUCCCCGUGGCGAGCUUCCAGGACGUAGAAAUAGGCGUCGAUUAACUGCUGCCAUAAUGGGUAGUUGGAUUUAUUCCCUGGUUUUCAACUUGCCAUGGUUCUUUGUUGUUCACUAUGAAGAUAGUAAAUUUCACUGCAUGGAGGAGUGGCCGAAUAAAACACUGGCUAAAGCAUACACUGUUGGUGCCUUCUUCUUCUUCGGAGUAAUUCCCAUGGGAGUUAUGGCACCAUUGUACUCGAAAAUUCUCAGCAGGGUUUGGAAAAGAGGGGAGCGUACACCCUUGUUACUUACGACCGACCAAGAUAAACUCAAAAGAAAACUAAAGGUGACUAGAAUGGUGGCAGUGAUUAGCAUCUUGUACACAGUGUGUUGGUUACCAAAUUUAGUACUAUACAUGCUGUCUCAGUUUGAGCCUGACCUUUAUGCAUACGGCUCAAACACCUACAUUACCUCGGUUGUUCUUGUAGGUCUUAACUCUGCCACGAAUCCUUUUAUUUACACUCUUUGUAGCAGCAAUUUUCGUCGAAACAUCAGGGGAGCACUC